AUGGAAGAGCACGAGCGAACGCCGUUGCUCGACGUACCCCGAGAUCGAGGGCUGAGCAAGAUCCAGCGUGAAGAAGAUGCCAGCUCGAUUGUUCAGAGCCAUGUAACAGAGGAGGAGCAGAAGCUCGCUGAUGCUUCAGUAGGCGAGCGAUUGGCGUACAAUGAUUAUACCACCAUCGACUGGCUCCAUGAUCUGGUCAAAGACUCAUACCGCCUCCGCUCCGUCAACGAACGCAAAGGCCUCCGCCACAAACUCACCAACCUCUUCGACCAAGCCUCAGGCUGGAUCGCCGCAGCCCUGAUAGGAACCUUAACCGCCUGCGUAGCCUUCCUAGUCGACAUCGCAGAAGCCACCGUAAGCGACUGGAAACUCGGCUACUGCACACGCAAUCCCUUCAUGACGCGAGAAGCAUGCUGCGAGGACAAGACGCCCCUUUUCACAGGCCAGCAGAGUGGUAGCGAGUGUACCGAGUUCAAGGUGUGGUCGAAGGACUUUGGUCCGGCGUUCAUGAUAUAUCUUGGCUUUGCGCUGGCGUUUGGACUCGUUGCUGGGGGCGUCACGAUGCUUACGAAACGAUCGUUGCCGGCGACGGCUCCGGGGACGGGCGAUAAGGAUAUGUAUGGACAGCCUGCGGUGAAGGGGAAGAGUAUGUAUAUGGCCGCGGGGAGCGGGAUCCCUGAGAUCAAGACCAUCCUCUCUGGCUUCGUCAUUCCCAACUUCCUGGAUUUGAAAGUCCUCGUGGUCAAAGCGGUCGGAGCAGUCUUCGCCGUGGCGACGGGAAUGACUUUGGGGAAGGAAGGGCCGUUCGUGCAUAUCUCAACCUGUGUGGGAUAUCUUGUCGCCCGGCAUUUCCCCAAAUACCGCGAGAAUAGCCGCAAGAUGAGAGAGGUACUUUCAGCUGCGUGCGCUGCUGGAUUGAGUGUUGCAUUUGGAGCACCCAUCGGUGGCGUGCUCUUCUCCUACGAGGAGAUAUCGACCUAUUUCCCCAGAAAGGUCCUAUGGCGAGCAUUCCUGUGCUCUCUCUUCGCGGCGAUGGUAUUGAAGGCGCUGAAUCCGAACGGCACGGGCAAAUUGGUCCUUUUCGAAACGAAUUACGGAACCUCAUACAACCCAAUCCAUUACCUAGUCUUCGUGCUACUAGGCGUCGCAGGCGGCAUCUUCGGCGGUCUCUUCUGCCGCCUCAACUUCAUCUGGUCGAAAUGGUUCCGCUCCUUCUCCAUCAUCAAGGACAACCCCGUCUUCGAAGUCUUCCUCGUCGUCCUAGUAACAGUCCUCCUCCAAUACCCCAACCCCCUCACCCGAGAGCCCGGCGACAUCAUCAUCAAGAACCUCCUCGUCGACUGUCGCCGCGACGCCUCCCUCGACACAUGGGUCUGCCAACAAGAAACCCUCCGCGACCGAGGCAGCUACUACGGCUACCUGAUCUACGGUACCCUCACCAAACUCAUCCUCACAAUCAUCACCUUCGGCAUCAAAGUCCCCUCGGGCGUCAUCAUCCCCUCCCUCGACGCAGGCGCCUCCUUCGGCCGCCUCGUCGGCCAAGCGAUCCCCUCCAUCUCCCCAGGCAUCUUCGCAAUGGUCGGCGCCGCCGCCUUCCUCGCCGGCGUCUCGCGCAUGACCAUCUCCCUCUGCGUGAUAAUGUUCGAAGUCACCGGCGAGAUCGAAUACAUCCUCCCGCACAUGAUCGCCAUCCUCGUGGCGAAAUGGGUCGCGGACGCGCUGGGCAAGGACGGCGUGUACGAUCUCGCGCAGGCGGUUCUGGGGCAUCUGUUCUUGGAUCUGGAUCAUAGUAUCGGGCUGGUGCAGAGGGAGAAUGCGCUCGCGGCGGAUCUUAUCCCGCCGAGGCAGACGAUGGAGGAGAUCACGGUUCAUGUGCCGGUGAAUAAUAAGGUCCCGCGGAAGCUGCUCGAGGAGAAAUUGGAUCAGCUCAAAGCUCGAGGUCUCAUGGAUGCUGGUCUUGUCCUUGUGCAGAAUAACGGUAUGCUGCAGGGCUACCUCGCCGAGAGUGAACUCGAAUUCGGCCUGAACGAACUGGGUCGUAUCUUCGAAGAAGACGCUGAGGUUCGACUGCUGGGACACGCAGAGGAGGAUGGUGAGUUCGAUCUCUCGCACUUCGUCGAUCGGACGCCGCUGGCGGUGAUUGCCACGGCGCCGAUGGAGUACGUUGUUGAGAUGUUCGGAAAACUGGGCGUGAGGUAUUUGAUGGUGACGGAGGAAGGGUCCGGAAAGUUGGUGGGUGUUGUUAUCAAGAAGAGGUUGGUGGGGUAUCUUGAUGGGUUGAAGCAUGGUCAAGGGUAA